AUGCCCCUCACUUCAGGCCCUGGCCCAAGGUUGUUACUCUUUUCCUUCGGAAUGGGGCUAGUAUCAGGGUCAAAGUGUCCAAACAAUUGCCUGUGUCAAGACCAAGAAGUAUUCUGCAUAGGGAAGCAGCUAACGGAAUACCCAUCUGACAUGCCCCUGAACACCCGGAGGCUAUACCUGAAGGAUAACAGAAUUACUAGCUUACCAGCGAUGCAGCUGGGACUCCUCAGUGACCUUGUUUACCUGGACUGUCACAACAACCGGAUUCAAGAGGUGAUGGAUUAUACCUUCAUCGGGGUCUUCAAACUCAUCUACCUUGACCUCAGCUCCAACAACCUAACCUCCAUCUCCCCAUUCAGUUUCUCAGUGCUCAGCAACCUGGUGCGGCUGAACAUUUCCAACAACCCUCACCUGUUAUCACUUGACAAGUACACCUUUUCCAACACCACCUCUUUGAGGUUCCUGGACCUGAGAAACACUGGCUUGCAGACCUUGGAUAGUGAUAGCCUCCACCACCUCCUGGUACUCCAGACCUUGUAUCUAAGUGGAAACCCCUGGAAGUGCAAUUGCUCUUUCCUGGACUUUGCCAUCUACUUAAUAAUGACCCAUCUGGAACACUCAGAUGGUCAAAAUGCCACGUGCAUGGAACCCGAAGAGCUGAUGGGGUGGCCCAUCAAACAGGUGGGGAACCCACUCCAGUACAUGUGCAUCACACACCUGGACCACAAAGACUACAUCUUCCUUCUGCUCAUCGGCUUCUGCAUCUUUGCUGCAGGCACUGUGGCUGCCUGGCUCACAGGUGUGUGCGCUGUGCUUUACCAGAACGCCCACCGAAAGUCAAAUGGGGAUGAUGCUGAAGAUGAGGCGGGGCACAGAGUGUACGUCACAAGGCAGAUUUUUCGAAGCACUACUAACCUGGACCAGAGCAGAUUCCCUCAGCUGAUGUAG